AUGUCCCAAGCUCCCAAGACAGAUAUGUCAGACUCAAGCUGCCAUGACCCGCAGAUACAAGAGCCCGAGGCACUCAUUCAGCUCGCACCGUCUCUACUCAGCGCCAUCCAUCAUCUCCCUGGCGCAUUCCCUUGCCCCGAGCUCGAUCUUCUGCUGGCUCAGCACGCCGAUACCCCAGAACACAGUUCUGCCUCAAUGGACGACACCAAAGCGCAACAUGCCACUCACGCCACUCCAAAGCCAUCAGAAGAAAUCCAGAAGACCCUGCCGGAAGAAUUGGAUCAAGUCAAGCAACAACUCAGCCAGGCUCUGGAGGAAAACAAGUGGCUGAGAAAGCAAAAGGCGCACGAUGACGCCAAAAGAGAUGGAGGUGACCUGGUCAACGAAGAUGAAGAUGACUCCGAUGAAGAUGACUCCGAUGAAGACGACGACUGGGACGCAGAUGAACCCCCCUUUGGCUCGAUCGAGAUGGCACUCUACGUCGCCAAAGAAAACCUGAGACUCAGAGACAAAGAGCUGGAGCAGAAGGAGAAGGAAUUGGCAAACUGUCAUGAGCUCAACAAGAAGUUGCGCACGAGAUAUUACGACGCCAACGAUGCUCUCCAUGCGCUUGAAGAGGAGGUUUAUCCACAAGGAAGAGGUAUCCUGGUUUCCCCGAAGCACUCUGGAGGCCCCAGAGAACAGAAGAGCGAGACUCCGGUGUCUUGUAUGUCGCGUGAGGAUCUCAAGCGUGAGCAUGGCGCCCUCGCACUCAGGUUAUCUGUGGCCAAGGAGGAGCACUCACAAACUCUCGCACAACUUCAAGAGAAAGAGAACCGCCUGAGACAUCAGAACUUGAACCACGCCCGAAAAAUCAACCACCUGGAAAACGAUCGUCAUUCCAACGGACUUCGUCGUGAGCUAGUCGCAACCAGGAAGGAGCAUCUCCAAACUGUCGCCAAGUUGGAAACUCAGCUCGCGGACAAGAACGCCUACAUCUCGACGUGCGACAAGAAGAUUGAAGGCCUCCAAGGCAAAGUCACCCAGCUUGUAAGAAGAGACCGCACUACUGAACUCAUGUGCAAUCAAAGCAUCAGUCAAACUUACAGUGAGCUGCAGCAAGCUUUGGAAAAGCUUGAGCGUGCUUCCUCGCGCGAGGCUGAGCUCAACAAAGACAUUGAUGCCAAAGAUGCUGACAUCCUACGCCUGACUACCCAGGUCGAGGAGCUCGCGUCUCAAGCCAUGGACGACCAGUCCGCUAUCCGGCAGUACCAGGCUGUCAUCAGCACUACUCCUAGCGCUCACGAUCAAAAGUCUGGGGUUGAGGAUACAGUCGCUGAGCCAUUGAUAGACCUGUGCAAUGACGGUUCUGGGCGUUCAUCAACAGGAUCUCAAUGCGGCUCCGACUGGACUGAUGUAUCAGUUCACCACGGUAGUCCUGAUGUUGGCGGCACUUGA